AUGGAGGGAACACGAUCUGGACGACACCUUGGCCGUGCGGCCCCAGUUGAGGACAAGAAGUUUGCCUGCACCCAUGCCGGCUGCACGAAGCGGUUCACACGGGCGGAGCAUCUGCAGCGACACGCGCUGAAUCACACCAGCGGCGACUCGACGUGUCCCCGGUGCAGCGCCCACUUCAAGCGGCCGGACCUGCUGGACCGCCACAUGAAACGGCACCAGCAGAAGGACGAAGAGGCAGGUGGAGAAGGCUGCGGCUUCCUCGACACCCGCAAGCGCGCCUGGAAGGCCUCUGACGGAUCCGUCGUUGAGCGGCGGCCACACCCGUCAGAGCGAGGCCGCAGCUGCUCGACUGAGCACUCGGACGAAUCGUUCAACGGCUCGAGCGGCACGAACGGCACCAUCAGAGUAGCUACCGGCGACGCCGGCGACAACCACGGCAGCACCGUCGAGAAAACGUCGUCGUACGGAACGUGCUUUGAGACCACGGUCCCGGCAUCGUUGACACAGCCGUCGGCUCGGCAGUAUCCCACGUCACCGAUCUCGGAUCGCGCGUCGGGCGACCUGUCGUUCCAGGAUUAUAGCGGUUCAGUCAGCCAGGGCCAAGGCUUCCAGCAGCAGCAGCAACAGCUCCAACAACCACAGGCACAACUGCUCCAGCAACUCCAACAACCCCAACCCCAGACCCAGCCGCAACCACUCCAUCCAGACCCGGCCAACCUUGACCCCAUCUUCUCGUCUCUGCUUCCAACGGCUGACGAUCCUUGGCAGCUCCUGUACGAGCAGCCGUUCCAGCCAGACACGGCCAGCUCGUUUAACAUGCCCUACACGACGGCGCUGGACUACAACUGGCUCUUUAACGUAUCUUCGCCCGUUGACUUUCCCGCUCGGCCGCCGGUUCAGCCAGGCUUUCCCGACCCUAUGGCGCUACAGCAGACAGCAGCGACACCAGCAGCACCUGCAGCCCCGUUUGCGCUCACGCCCCGCUCCAACAGCACGGUGACUAGCAUGCACCACAACGGCCCCGGCGACAACCAGUCCUGGUCGGGCUCGAUGGAGGCGGCUCCCAGCCAUGACAGCACCGAUGACCAGAUGCGAUUCGCAUCGCCUGAGCUGGGCUUUGCAGACAAUACAUUGCACACACAGCCACAGCCACAGCCACAGCCACAGCCACAGCCACAGCCACAGCCACAGCCACAGACAUCCGGGUCACGUGUUCCUGUCCGUCGAGGAGCCUUCACCCACGGCCAGGUCCAGAACCAGAAGCCGACAUAUGGACAACAGCAGCAGCAGUUGAGCUUUGAUAGCUUUCUGACCCGGGCUCUGACCGACUCGGAACGGCCGCUGUCGAUGCUGGAGCCGCGGACGCAGCUGCCGAGUAUUGACCGAGUGACGCAUGAGAGGCUGCUGGCGGUGAUCAGCAGCGCCAAGCCGAACCUACCUGAGUGCAGCAGUGGCCACAGCGGCGCCAGCAGCAUCUCAGCACUUCGAGACCACCCGUUACUGUCCCAAACGGCACUGCAGUCGUACCUAGAUCUGUUUUUCACCCGCUUUAACGCGGCCUAUCCUAUCGUGCACCUGGCAACAUUCGACCCAGCAACAGCCGAGCCGCUGCUGCUGUUGGCCAUCGUGCUGCUGGGGGCCACGUACGCAGCCAAAGAUGCCCACCAGGUGGCCGUGUGCAUCCACGACGUUAUCCGGCCGUGCGUCUUUGCACACGACGGCUUCUCGGCCCGGCCAGAGCUCUGGACGCUGCAGACGAUCUUGCUCGUCGAGUGCUUCGGCAAGUCGCGAGCUGGCCAGAAACAGCACGACAUGAGCCACCUCUUCCACGGACUGCUGAUCAACCUGAUUCGCCGCUCCGAUUGCCAGUCGGUCCGGCCACCGGGUCCGCCGUCGUCCACACGCCCCGACCACUACCAACAGCAGCAGCAGCAUCACGGCCACCACCACGGUCCAUCCGAGGGCAGCAUUGUCGGACUCGCCUUGGAGCGAGCGUGGCUGAAGUGGGCCGAGGCCGAACAGAAGAAGAGGCUCGCGCUUUACUGUUUCAUGUGGGACACCCAGCACGCCGUUCUGUUCUGCCAGAGCCUCUGCAUGUCCGCCUUUGAGCUGCGCUUGCACUUUCCCUGCAGCCAGUCCGUGUGGGAGGCCCCUGACGCGGCCUCCUGGGCUGCGGCUUGGUGGAGCACUACGCCCGUACCUGCUCCGACGACACAGAACGUACGAAACGAGCAGCCGCAGCAGCCGUUCUACCUGCCGUCCCUACGAGCGUACCUCAUCCCAGGAGGUCCGCCGCCACCGGCCGGCCUGAGUGCCCAGUCCCGUCUGCUCGUCCUGCAUGGCCUCAUGUCUAUCUGCUGGGACAUGCAGCGACGCGACCAGACCAGCCUCGGGUCCGCUGUGGCAUCGUUGCCGGGCACGUCGAAUUGGCGCGAGUUGAUGGCGACGGCGUACGGCGCCUGGAAGGUCGACUUUGAUGCCUACUGCACGGCAGUGGUACAGCAGCAGCCGCAGAUGUCGGGGCAGCGCGCAGACGAGUUUGUGGCCGAGAUAGGCACGUUUGCCGCGGCAGCCAACGCAGUUUACCACGCAGCCCAGUGUCUGUUACGGAUGGACUUCUUGGACGUCCAGAUCUACGCCGGCGCCCGUCACAUCCUCGGCCGGCCCGUUCAGCAGCGAGACUACCGGCGGUCGGCCCAGGUGGUCAAGCGAUGGGCCAGCGCGGCAUCCUCGGAGGGGGAGAACGAGGGCAGCAGUGGCAGUAGGGGCAACAGCAACACCACAAUUCAGGCACCGAUUGGCGUUGCCGAUGCGGCCGGAGCGGCCUGGCACGCGGCUCGGAUGUUACGCGAGGUGGUUCCGGAGGCCGAGUCUGAGGCCAUGGCUGGCAUCUUCCACGUGCCGUGGUGCCUCUACCUGGCAACGCUCACCUGCUGGGCUUUUCACCACGCGGCACCACUCGGCAGCCGUGGCCAGUCGCAGCUGCUUCGGGACGGCGGCGCCGAAGAGGCAGUCCCCAUGGCUGCCAGUCCCGACGGGCCCCUGCGGACCCGCCGUCUGCAGGGACGCCGGCGCACCAACGGGCUCGUGUGGGUGAUGGCCGAUGUGCUGACUAAGGUUCGCUGGGGCAUCGUCCAUGCGGGCGUAUUGGUUUUGCGCGGGCUGGUGCCAACCCGGCUGAUCAACCAGUACGAGGCGGAGGAGUAG